CGUGUGGCACAUAAAUAAACAAGAGCUGCUACCACUGUUUAUCAUUCUGAGUGAAGUUUUUAGCCAAAAGUUGUCACAAAAAGGGCAAACAUGGUGAAAUUAACACCAGAGCUAAUCCAGCAAUCGGUGCAGCGCAUGAAUCCAGUGAAGGACCGUGAACUUAUCCUCAGAGGAUACAAAAUCCCGGUGAUUGAAAACAUGGGUGCGACUUUGGACCAGUUUGACACCAUUGAUUUCUCUGAAAACGAUGUUCGAAAGUUGGAUGGCUUCCCCCUGCUGAAAAGGUUAAAAUGCCUGCUCUUGAACAACAACAGAAUUGUUCGAAUAUCAGAACACCUAGAACAGAACUUGCCCAACCUAGAAACACUCAUUUUAACCGGCAACAUGAUUAUGGAGUUGGGAGACCUUGACUCGUUGGCCACCAUCCCCAAACUGCAGGUCGUGAGCCUACUUCACAAUCCUGUCACCGCCAGGCCACACUACAGACUCUACCUCAUCUUCAAACUUCCCAACCUGAAGCUGCUGGAUUUCCGCAAAGUGAAAUUGAAGGAGCGAAAGGAAGCCGAAUCAUUGUUCAAGAGCAGGAAGGGCAAGGAAAUCCAAAGGGAGAUCCAACGCAAAGCCAAGACAUCUAUGGCAGAUGCAGUUAAGAAGCACGGACCAAGCCAAGAGGAAAUGCGAGCCAUCCGUGAAGCCAUCGCAAAGGCCACCAGCCUGGAAGAGGUCGAGAGGUUGAACAGACUCCUCCAAGCUGGCCAAAUCCCUGGACGCAUUGCUCAAAACAAUGAUUCAGAUCGUCGUAUUUGAUUUGAGGAAAUUCAGGAGGGCAACCAGCAGGAGGGAGAGGAAGAGGAAGAGGAGGAGGAGGAAGAAGAUGAGAUGAAUGGACACUGAGUUUGUAAGUCACUGUGCAAGACACUAUUGCAUUUUCCUUGUAGGUAGUGUCUGUAUUUUACAAUUUAAUAUUUUUAAAUGUCAGAUGUUAAGGUCUGAAAAAGAACAGACACGCAAGCUGUAUUCAUAUCUUGUGCAAAUAAACCAGAAUUGGAUACUA